UUAGUACCUUGACAAAUGGCCGAGACUGAUUUAUCCCACGCCACGUCAGUGUGAAUGACCCAAAGUACCAGGUAUUUUUACUUUGGACCUGGUCAUCCGACGGACAGCGGACGUCCUAGUUCGUUAUUGCUCAUCCCUAACCACGUUCGUCGUCGCAGAGAGUAACAUUCAAAUCUGUUCAGUGAUCUGCGCCAUGCUUCGUCUGCACAAUUCUAUUCGUCCAGCAUUUCGCUCUCGUAGAUGGGCUCAUAAUAUCCCUUCGUUUUCUCACCUAAACACUGUCAACGAAGAGGAUCUCGCACACUUCUCCAGUAUCCUUGCACCCACGUCUAUACUAUCAACUCUGCCAUCAAUCUCCACCCCCGCAGAUGAUAUUGCACCCUACAAUGUUGACUGGAUGGGAAAAUACCAUGGUCAAGCCAACUCCGUACUUCGACCCCGCACAACACAGCAAGUCAGCGAAAUUGUCAAGUACUGUGCUCAGCGUAAAAUUGGAAUCGUUCCCCAAGGCGGUAAUACUGGCCUAGUUGGUGGUGGUAUCUCACUACAGAAAGAAAUUGUCCUCAGCUUGGGUGCAAUGAACAAUGUUCGGUCUUUUGACCCUGUCUCCGGUAUUCUCGUCGCCGAUGCUGGGUGCAUUCUCCAAUCCCUGAGUGAACAUAUUGCCCCUCACAAUCACAUCAUGCCCCUUGAUCUCGGUGCAAAGGGAAGUUGUCAAAUCGGUGGUAAUAUCUCCACCAAUGCAGGUGGCCUCCGACUCCUACGUUACGGUUCCCUGCAUGGCACCGUCCUCGGAUUGGAAGUAGUUCUACCAGAUGGUACAAUCCUGGACCAGCUAUCAACCCUGCGAAAGGAUAACACUGGUUACGACCUCAAGCAGCUUUUUAUUGGCGGAGAGGGUACACUCGGUAUCGUUACCGGGGUCUCCAUCCUCACACCACCUGCACCUCAGGCCACCAAUAACAUAUUUUUGGCAUUACCACACUUCGACAAUGUUUUACCACUGUUCCAAAUUGUGAAACGGCAACUUGGAGAAAUCAUGUCUGCUUUCGAGUACAUUGACCGCACCGCUUACGACAUGGGUUUGCAGCACGGCCUUGGCCCUUUGCUCAGUGCAGAUGAGGCUGGGGGUUCGCAAUGUUUUGUACUCGUCGAAACCAGCGGUGGGAACCAGGAUCACGAUUUAGAGAAACUCAACAAUCUUCUGGAAAGCUUGUUGACCGCUGAUGAACCGCUGAUUAACACCGGUGUUCUUUCCCAGUCACCCACUCAAUUCAACUCGAUAUGGGCUCUGCGUGAAGGCUUGACUGAGUGUGUUCAGAAAGAAGGAAAACCAUACAAAUACGAUGUUUCUGUCCCCCUUGCAGACUUCCAAAAAGUCGUCGAUGCUGUUCGGGAACGCAUGAUUUCGAAAGGGCUUUAUGGAGACCACGCGAUUUCCAAGGUCAUGGGAUACGGCCACGUCGGUGACGGAAAUUUGCAUCUCAAUGUGAUCGCCAAGCAUGGAUACCGCCCGGAGCUUGAGGCAGCUCUGGAGCCUUUCAUUUAUGAAAUUGUCGCUGAUCGCAAGGGCUCCGUGUCCGCAGAGCAUGGCAUUGGAUCGAUGAAGAGGGAUGCGCUGCAUUACUCUAAGAGCGAUGUUAGCAUUGACUGGAUGAGGAAAAUCAAGCAGGUUUUUGAUCCUUUGAAUAUCAUGAACCCCGGCAAAGUCAUUCCAUAGAGCUGAGUUUAUAUCACGGCGAUGUGAUGCGUUGAUGUGAUUUCAAGUUUCAUCGCUGAACACAUCACCUGCCACGGGCUUCCCGACGAACAUGAUCAGUAGUACAAGUACGAGCAGUUCUCCUUACGCAUUUACAAUGGAUCUUUCAAGCAAGUUAUCCUUUCUGCAUUCUCAAUUACGAUAUUCCAUUAAUUCCGGAAACGUUAUGACAUCGGACCGUUCCGACACAAUUAGUCAGACUGUAUCUCACCCCUGGAGAUCAAAGAAGCAGAUCCUCGGAGGUGGUGUGACGUGGGGAACUCGAACUGACGAUUUGAUAGGCUAUUAAUGUUAUUGGCGGCCGUAAAACAUGUCUCAUGUCACCCCCUG